CCGAAUUAUCAGUCCAGAAAGGUUGGACAUACCGUGACAUACCAAUCAAUCACAUUCAUUUCCUCACACUACUCAUUACCAGUCAUUGCUGGUGCCUCAACUUGCUCAAGCUUCGCUGUUUGGACAACUGCGAGGGAGCCGACCCACGAAGAGGAUUUGAUUCCAGAUUUUUCGGAAUGGGACGCUGGAGUGGUCAAAUGGCACCAGAGGAGGGCCGCCGAAGAGUCCAUCGGAAGGCCGUUUGGGCACUACUUGCUGCACCUCUCGUCAGCCAGGUGCUGCUCUCUCAUCCCGGUGCCAGCUAUGUGCCGCUGGCGAGGUCGCUCCUGCGUCAGCUGAUGUUGCCCGCAGCAGGGCAAGCCAUGGGCGGCUUGCUGCCGUUUGCAGCCCGUGCUCAAGAAUCAGGACAGGAAGGAUUGAUCCGAAUUGGCGGUCCGUUCCAGGUUUCCUACCCCGGAGCCAUCCCUGGCGAUGACUUCUACCUCGGUGGUGGAGGAGCAGAGUUCGGUACCGGACUGCUGGACAACCCGAAGGUGGUCUUCGUGAAGCCGGGCAGUCGAGCUUAUGGAAUGGGCCUGCGCAUUGGAGACGAGCUGGUUCUCGCCUGGAAGGAGGGCAGCUCGACCAUCUUCUCAGAGGGAGAGCUGCGCCGCAUGGAGAAUGUGGACCAGGCCUUGAAAGAAGCCGCCAAUUCGACGAUGUACUUUGGCCAACCUGCUCCUCAAGGCCUGUCCAUGCAGUUCACUGCGCGUGGAGUGGCGCAACCAGGGGAUCCAGCUCCUGACUUCAAGCUCGCAGCCAGCACCGGGGGAGAGUUGACGCUCGCAGAGCUCCUGAAGGGCAACGAGUAUUUGGUGGUCUUCUUCCGGCCGGGCAGCCGGUUUAGAGGCGGCGAUUUGCAAGAAGUGAGGCUCUUUGGCAAAGCGACCAGAGCCUUGGCCGAGCGCGGUGCAACAGUAGUGGGAAUUCAGAUUGAGCCCAAGGAGGCACUUGCCAGGCAAGCACAAUCCCUGCAGCUCGACUUCCCCCUGCUUUGCGACGACGGCAGUGUGGCAAGGGCCUACGGCACCUAUUUGGAGUUGGAGGAGCAAGGUCCCAACAUUGACCGGAAGACCUUCAUCAUCGGAAAGGAUGGAACGAUCAAGGCGACAUUUGUGGACAUUGGCUAUGAUGCUGACAAGAAGAAGCUCGCAAACCAUGUGGCAGACGUUGUUCGUGUGCUGGGUGGCGAUCCUGUCCAGGCCAAGGAGGACAUGAAAACCAAGUCGAAGUCGGUGGGAGAAAUGCUGGAUAUCGCCAUUGGCAAGCAAGCUCCUUCACCACGAAUGUAAACUGAAAGGCAUAGCCCGAUAAGGCCUUCGAAUUGUUUAAGGGGUAUGGAUCAAAACAGCUUGGACAGACGUUGUUUGGGAAGUGUACCUAAUGCAAACCACAGCAGUUUCGAUCCACCAUUUUUUUUUCAAUUUCCAUGUCAGUCGGAUGCCACAUGUGGGGCUGGUGCCUGGCACUGGUGUCCGUUGCGCCAAAGACUGUGACAAUGAAGC